UCUACCCACCCAGUGUGGCUUACUGCAUGACACUGGGAUAAACACCUAGUGAAGGUGUGCUUACUUUCCCUAACUGAUACAUGAAUAGGCACAGAAUAGAGGGAAUUGUACUGUGCACAGGCAAAAGGUUUUAGCUUAGAAAGGCAUUAUUUGUCACACCUGGUGGGCCGAAGGGCCUGUUCCUGUGCUGUGCAGUACUGUUCUGUGUCUUUGUACUAACAUCAGAGUUCCACAGAUGACAUUGCUCACUAGGAUAUAGUUCCACACACUGACUCUCACUGGGGUAGACUCAUAAAUCUGUAGAGCAUCAUAUCGGUAUGACAGAUCGGCACAACAUCGAGGGCCGAAGGGCCUGUACUGUGCUGUAAUGUUCUAAGCUCUAGCACGGAAACAGACUCCUCAGUCCAACUCAUCCAUGUCACCAAGUUCCCCAAACGAAACAAAUCCUACUUACCUGGGUUAUGCCUAUAUCCCUGUAAACCUUUCCUAAUCCGUAAGUGUCCAAAUCUCUCUCAAAUAUUGUAACUGCACCUGCCUUUGCCACUUCCUCUAAAUGUUCAUUCCAUAUAUAAACCACCAUUUGUGUGAAAAAGUUUUCCCUUACGUCUGUGAAAUCUUUCUCCUCUACCUUAAAAAUAUGCCCCCUAGUUUUGAAAUCCCCCAAACUAGGGAAAGAGCUUUGUUCUUCACCUUACCUAUGCUCCUUGUGAUUUUGUAAACCUCUAUAGGGUCAUCCCUCAAACGCCUACCUUCCAUAGAAAUAUACAGCACAGGAACAAGGCAUUGCUCGCAAGUGUAACAGGAUACUUUGUUUUGAUUUAACUCCAGCAAACUCGACACUGCUUGGCACAUGGUAGCCACCUGAUUUGUCCCUGUCCACCAAAUUGACCAUUCAGUUACUCCUCCACUGGCAUGCAGUUCCUGAAAUACGCUACAUUGUGCAUUAAUGCUGGAAGUGUUAUUGUCAGAGCCAGCGUUUCAAUCUCACCACAAAAUGCCCUAAAGCAGGUGGUCAUGAGCUGCCUUCUGGAGCCGCUGCGAUCCACGUGUUAUAGGUAGAUUAGCAAUGCCCUUAGGCCAAAAUCCUGAUGUUUUUUUAUCAAAACUAAAAGAAUGAUGAUACAUUUCCAAGUCCUAAUGGUGAGCGUAACCCUUAAAGGGCUGUUAUUCCCAAGUAUCUGUUAUUCUUGCUGGUGAGGGUUCUGGGUCUACAAUGCCUGAUUGUGUCUGGUCGUGAAGGUAGUCUCAGUUGAUUUCUGGGUCUCUUUCUGUUAUUUAUUUCUGUAGUUUCUAUUUUUAGUUGGAGUCUGAUGAAGGAAGUGAGACUGAGUAAAGCCUCAACGUUUCAUUUACUGGUUCACACCAUCUGUUGCUGCCGUCACUUUGAGAACGCUUUCUGCCAGGGAGGCCGAGUUCCUGACAGUUGUUUGGAUUUUGGGAAUGACAGGAUGCCCAGGCAUCUGUCAGGCUGGUGCCUACCCUCUCCAUGUUCUCUGCUGCCUUGUGCUCACUUACCUCCUUAACCAACUGGACCGCUAUCUGCUGGCCAUUGUAAUCCAGCCACUAGCCCAGGAUAUUCAGUUUGGAGAAAAGAGUUGUCUCCCCAGGGUGAGUGAUGAGCAGAUUGGGGAACGAUGCCAUAAUGCCAGUUCCCAGGACAGCUGCCUGUCUGUCCUGAAUGAAAAUGAGACACAGUAUUGUCAAUGGAACUUUGAUGGAUCUGGAUGGGAAUACCAGGUGAUGGCUGGUCCUGUCUUCAUCUUCAUUUUCACCUUCACAGGGAUUUUCAUUGGAUUUGUGGCGGAUUCAGUCAAUCGGAAGAAUUUCCUGUCUGCCAGCCUCUUCCUCUGGAGCCUUAUGACACUGCUGAUGGGCUUUGCCAAGCAUUACUGGCACCUGGUGAUUCUGCGCUUUGGCCAAGGCAUCAGUGAGGCCGGGUGCACUCCAUUUGCUGUCAGUCUGAUUGUGGAUUAUUUCCCAAAGGAAUCACGAGGCUCAGCCAUGGGCUUCUAUAACUGGGGCAUCUACGCUGGCUAUAGCCUCUCAUACGCUAUCGGCAACUAUGUCACCAGAGCCAACAUCCUGGGGCAGGGUUGGAGAUGGUCAUUUAUUGUCAGUGCCAUCCCAGGAUUUAUUGUCAGUGCCAUCGUGCUGCUCAGUGUUCGUGAAUUGCCGAAGGAGAAGGGAAACACCGAGAUAACACCCAGAGACAGCCUCAAGCUGAGCAUUGGACAGAAAAUGCUGCAUGGUCUGAGGCCAUUCAUCACACCAUCCCUCCUGUUCCUAUGCAUCGCUGGGUCAAUCAGAAAUGCAGGAGGCUACGUUUGGGCCUACAACACCCAGCUGUUCUUUAACCUGUACCACCCCGGUGUGGAUGUGGGCCGCUGGUUAUCAUGGAUACCGCUGGCUGGAGGCUGCCUGGGGGCCAUCUCUGGAGGGUACAUCUCAGACCAAUUGGUGAAACGAAGAGGAUUCUACGCCCGGGUGUGGGUACUGGUCAUCAGUCAGGUUGCAGCUGGUCCUUUCGUGGCUGGAGCUAUCUGGCUCCAUCCUCCGUAUUGCUUCCUGUUGUUGAUUCCAGCCAAUAUCUUGGGUGAGAUGGGGAUUGGAGUGACCUUCACCAUCGUUGUCGAACUGGUCAGCCCCGCACUUCGCGCUCCUGCUGUGGCCAUUUACAUCUUCAUCAUCUCCAACAUUGGAGGCAACGCCCCACUGCUCGUGACUCCAGUCACCAGAGCCUGGGGCCUUCGUGCUGCUUUACUUCUGCUGUGCCCUGGAAUGUACAUCGUAGGUUCCUUGAUGCACCUCCUGACUUUGGCUCUGUUGUACCGUGAAAGCAAGCUUGCCAGCCCUGAGGAAUCAGUCCCCCUGCUGGAACCUGGCCCCAGGCUGCCAUCCCCAAAAUACUCCUGACACCCUCAGGGGGUGCAGAUUGU